AUGCUCGACAAAGAGAAUCUUAGGCUACCUGGGAAUCCGGCAAAACAAAGCCCUACCUUCAUGGAAUCCAGCAGAACUCUUAUGGAACGUAUUCGAGUUCUUCAGCAUCAAGAAUAUUCUCUCCAAGCGUCCAUUACCAAAACCACGGGACCCAACUACCGUAAGCUAUUGGAGGAGAAGGACGAAGAGAUUGAGGAGUUGAAGAAUAAGUUGGAGCACUACAAAGAGGCCUAUGAAGCGUUGAAAGCGAAAAAUGACAAGAGGAAUUCAAAUGGCGACACCUAUUCUCAAUUUCCAAGCAAUCAAAGUAUAAAGCAUAGAAUGGCAAAGACGAUCAAGCAACUCACAAGAGAGAAGAAGAGAGAAGCUUUCCAAUAUUUCGCUUUAUGCUCAUUUUAUGUUGCUUUGAUCCUUCUUACUGUGCACGUCAUUCCAUUGGGAAUCCUAUUUGCUCUCCGCCAACUUAAAUAA